AUGGCAAUGAAAAUGGAACCUUCAUCUCGAAAAAACUCAGCUGUUAUGGAUAUUCCAUCUAUUGUCAACAACGCCGAAGAUGUUAUAACUCAGAAAAUGGACAUACUCAUGAUCCUAAAUUCUUCGGAAGACAAAGUAGAAACAGUAGAUCCCGCGGACAACCACUUGAAAGAUUCCAAAAUGGAUGUUGACACUCAACAUGAACCGUCGCACCACAUAGAGAGCAACCCAGACUGA